UGUAAGGACUUGGAAAGGUUUCAUCUGCCUUGUGCUCUGGCAUAGUACCGUAAACAAAUGAACCAAUGGGAUUGCUGUCCAUCGAAACUAUUGUGGUUUUUGUCACUUUCCCAGAUACUUACUUGGUAGCAAAGGAUCACCAUAGAAAUGAAUAUGUUUGUAGUCAUCAUCUCAGUGACAUUGUGUCACAAAAUUGGUUGACACAGGAUGAAUGUGCUUUGUAUAUUCAGUCUUCUUAAUGAAAUCCCAAGGAAAAUAUCAAUCCUGCUACUAAUGACGAUAAAUGGGCUUUGCACACACCAAGUGCUCUUACUCCCAGUAGUGCAAAGCUCUUUAUGAUUAAUUAUUUCAGUCAUCCUCACAGUUGUCCCAUGAGGUGAGUGGCUGAGUGCUUCCUCUUAGAAAAAAAUAAAUAAAUAAAACAGGUAACUAAUUGGAUUUUCUUCUGUUCUACAUUUUGUGUUCUAGAACUGGAUAGCUACCUUAUAAAGAUCGCCAGUGGACGUGGGUUUCAAAAUCACAAGCUUCUUUCACAUAUGAACACCAGGCUAGGAGCAGAUGUGGAGUAGUAAACUUGGAGAGAAUUUUGAUGAGUUUGGCAAGAGACUAUGAGUGGAUUAGCCUAGAUGUGGUGAAAAGAGACAGGCAACGACUGAGUUGGUGUUUUGGCACCUCCAUUAGAAGUGGUAAUCCAGGCUGUCAAAGUUUGGUUUUGCAAAUAUUUUAACAAGACAUCUCUUUGCUAUUUGUACUUACUCUUCCCACAACAUUGUGCUAGGGUUCUACAAAGGAUCUCUGUCAAUCCCAGUUUCCACACAGGGUUGCUGGUCCUUUCUCAUCCUGCUCUAAUGUUUUAGUGCUUGGGGCUUUUCACAGGGACCAUAGAAAGGUGAGAUGUCUGCUUCUCAGUGAGACCUCUUAGCCUGUGUCCGUCGUCCAGUGACCAUCCGUUUCUCUCCAGGUCACCUUAUGCCGUCACUUCCCUGGAAGUGGACAGUGCCUCUCUGUAGACACAGCUUGUCAGGGGAGCAGAGAUACAACUAAAACUAUGUUUUUAUCUAGUGAUCACCUUGUCCUUCCUUUUACAGUACACCUUUCUGUCUUCCCCAGUAGUUUUGUUGUCACUUGAGCUCUGUCUCCUCAGACUGCAAGCUCUUUGGAUGAAUGCUCAGGCCAGGCAUGUUUUUUAAUAAACUCCUUUUAAUUGCCUCUGCGUCGCGCCCUCGGUGCUGAGGUGUUCAGGUGCACAAUAAAGGCGUGUGGUUGAUCUAUUUGCUAUCCAUACUGUCAACAAAUAUUGCCUGUACUUAUUGACUGUGCCAUUUUACCUUUUUUCCCUCUUUCUUUCAUUAAGUGAAGGUUUAGCUGUCCUGCUUUGAGUUUUUCCUCCUCCCUGUUUUUUCCUAAAGUUCCCCUGAAAGGGAGCCCUUUAAAAUGUGAAGAAUUACGCUGCAGUUGUGCAGUGUACUCAGGGUGGGGACUAAUUACGAGGUUCGAAAACCUCUUCAGGUGGCUGGGUUCUGCAGCACGACUAAAAUACUGCUUUCCUAAAUUGAGAACAGCUGGGGCUGUGUUGCUAGCAAGUAUAAAAGAGUUGGUGCUGGGGCUCUGCGCUGUGAAGAAGUCUUUGCUCUUUGAAGCCUGCGGAGCCUCCGCCGAAGGCACCCUUUCCUCCUCCGUGUCGCGGUGGUGGGUGAGUAACACCUUUGGGAGAAAGAAAAUUGGCUUCCUUUCUUGAAGGUGGUGAGUGUACAGCAGGUAGCUGCAUGGAAGGAACAGUAAUCAGAUGGCCACCUUCUUCACUUUGUGCUAGGAAACAAAAUCAGUUAGUUAUAAGAGUCCAUGUUGAUCUCGGAAAUAGAGGGAUUUGAAAAAGUUAAGUUUGCACAAAGAACAAGAACUUUACCAUCUCCUUCUUGAGCUGAAGACUGGGGGACCAUGGAUAUUAUAGAGACAGCAAAACUCGAGGAACAUAUGGAAAAUCAAACCAAUGAUCCCGCAAAUACUUACACAAGACCUGCCGAGCCUGUUGAAGAAGAAAACAAAAAUGGCAACAGUAAACCUAAGAGCUUAUCCAAUGGGUUGCGAAAGGGCACCAAAAAGUACCCGGACUAUAUCCAAAUUGCUAUGCCCACUGAAUCAAGGAACAAAUUUCCCCUGGAGUGGUGGAAAACAGGGAUCGCCUUUGUGUACGCUCUUUUCAACCUUGUCUUAACAACCGUCAUGAUCACAGUUGUGCACGAAAGGGUGCCUCCCAAGGAGCUCAGCCCUCCGCUACCAGACAAGUUUUUUGAUUACAUUGAUCGGGUAAAAUGGGCAUUUUCUGUAUCAGAAAUAAAUGGGAUUAUAUUAGUUGGAUUAUGGAUCACCCAGUGGCUGUUUCUGAGAUACAAGUCAAUUGUGGGGCGCAGAUUCUUUUUUAUCAUUGGAACUUUAUACCUGUAUCGCUGUAUCACAAUGUAUGUUACUACUCUCCCUGUGCCUGGAAUGCAUUUCCAGUGUGCCCCAAAGCUCAACGGAGAUUCUCAGGCAAAAGUACAACGGAUUCUACGGUUGAUUUCUGGUGGUGGAUUGUCCAUAACUGGAUCCCAUAUCUUGUGUGGAGACUUCCUCUUCAGUGGUCACACUGUUGUGCUGACACUUACUUAUUUGUUCAUCAAAGAAUAUUCGCCUCGUCACUUCUGGUGGUAUCAUUUAAUCUGCUGGCUGCUGAGUGCCGCCGGGAUCAUCUGCAUUCUUGUAGCACAUGAACACUACACUGUCGACGUGAUCAUUGCUUAUUAUAUUACAACACGGCUGUUUUGGUGGUACCAUUCAAUGGCCAAUGAAAAGAACUUGAAGGUCUCUUCACAGACUAAUUUCUUGUCUCGAGCAUGGUGGUUCCCCAUCUUUUAUUUUUUCGAGAAAAACGUACAAGGCUCAAUUCCUUGCUGCUUCUCCUGGCCACUCUCCUGGCCCCCUGGCUGCUUUAAAUCCUCAUGCAAAAAGUAUUCACGGGUUCAGAAAAUCGGUGAAGAUAAUGAGAAAUCUACCUGAGGAGUAAAACAAAGGCAUCAGCUCUUACACCAAAAGAGUUAACGCUGUAACCAAAGGUAUAGUUUUGGGUUUUUAUUUUAGAAGAACUGACUGGUAAAGGAAGAAGUGGACCAAAUUUUGUGUAAAUGAUUAGAAAGAUGAACGAAGUAUUACCCUUUGACUGCUUUUCUGAUUCAUCCUGAGAAAGGUAUAUUCUCCUGCAGCCCUUCAUUCAUUGGUGACAAGCCCCCCCACUGGGAUUUUACUAAUGAGCUUCUUAAAGAGGUGCCAAAGAACAUACUAUUCCUAUCCUUAUUCUUUCUCCACUAAAGCCCUCUACAGAAUUUUUCAGGAUUUUUUUUUUCUCCAAGGUCAGAAGAAUUUGUUAAUGUUUUAAAUAAACUAUCUGGAUAUAUACAGCUACUGUGUAAAUAGAAUUACCCAAUGUUGAGAGUGGUUUUAGUAUUAGGCUUAUUAAUGAGGGGGAGAUCCAUGGUUAGGAGUAAACUGGAGGUGAACUUUGUUUCCACUUUGUCAUGGGGAAGGUCAGGGUCAGGUCUGGGAAUGUGCACUGCUGCUACCACCCCAUGCACUAUGUAUCACUUUUACUUUUUUUAACUGAUACUUAUACAUACACGCAAACACACGCACGUGCACGUGUGUGUGUGUGUGUGUGUGUGUGUAUAGAUAUAUAUAGAUAUAUAUAUAGAUAUAUAUAUAUAGGAAAGGUGAUCUAAGUAAAUAUGGAAGUAUUUGACACAUCUCACAGAUUUUACGUGUGUGUAAAUAUUUCCCCUUAGAAUCUCUAUGGCAGAUAUACAGGACGCCUGGAGCUGUUUCUGCUAAACAGGUGGUCCUUGAGUACACAUGUAUGUGCUAUCUGCCGGGUAGAUACGCAUCUGGUAUCCCUAGGGCAGUCAGCUGCUCCAGCACAGGCUAGAAACACAUAGGUGUGUGAGCGGAUGGUCAUGCCACUUGGGGAACAAGGCUGCAUUUCUGUCCUGUCCUACCCUGUGGGAGAUCUGUUUUAGAGCUGCUGGUUGGAACUCAAAAAUGCAGUUGGCCACAUUUCACUGCAGACGAUUUCUUCCUAGUUACAUUGUACUUUGUGGAAAAACCAAGGAGGAGUCCAAAAGUGUAAUGUAUCCUUGCCUUUUAGCAAGAGACUCAGCUUCUUAUAAACUGGUCCUAAGGACAUAUGCCACAAUUGAGUAAUUUUACUUUGAUCCUGAACUUACACCACGGUGCUGCACUAUAACCUACUGUUGAGAUCGGCCUGUUAGACAGUUACAGCUACUCAGUAAAAGGGGGAUCAUCGUUUCUAAAGUUCUUUGAGGUGGUGCAAAAAGAAGAUGGAUUUUUAAAAAUCGGAUCAGAUCAAUGCUGUCCGAGUUAAUCUCUUAAAACUUCUAGUAAGUUUAAAAAAAAGAUUUAUGGUUACAAAAUCAUCAACACUAGGUCAGAAGACAGAGAGGCCAAUGACGCCAGUGAGCGAGCAGUUACAUGUAUAUCGAACGUGAAAAUUUCCCUCCACUUAAGAAUGAGAAAUAUCCCGAAAUUUAUCAUUAUAAACUGGUUUGCCUUGAUUUGAUACACAAAAUUGACCUUCAGAUUGCUUGAGAGAAGCACAGCACAAAUUUUUCAGAAGAGUCCUUAUUUUUGGUGCUAAAAUUCUGUUUGUGUAUUCAGUAUGGCUCUUUCUCAAUGUAACAGAAGAAUCACUAAAGGAAAGGUAGUCGAAUUCAAAGGGAGGAAGAAAGACAUUCUUCAUCCGAUCAUUUAAAACAAGAAUUGAAAUCCUAAAUAUCCUUGACAGGCUUUGAAAUGCAAGGAGUUUUCAGGUAUUUGUUAUUAAAUGAAUCGAUAAGAAAUAUAUCUGUAGCUUCCCCGAUGUGCUUAGCCAUAAUUCUGUAUAACUUUCUCUUAUUAAAUAUUGACACUUGUGAUAUAUAAGGGGCUGUGCUUGAAAACACAGAGUUUAAAUUCCUGCUCCCUGAUUAUGAGCAAAAGCAUGUGACACUGAAGCCUGGGUUUUAUGCUCCUUACAUUGGAAUAGUCCUUGAGCAUCUGAUUCAUAACCUGAUAUACCUGAGAGCCUUAUUUAACAGUGUGUUGGAAAACCUAAUUUUCUGCAAAUUAAAAAGGGAAAAGUAUUUAAGAUUUAAAAAUCACGGUGUGUGGAUUGCCAGAGACCCUUGAAACAGUAAAGCUUGCAUUUUAGUCAAGUAAUACAGUUUUAAAAAAACACAUCACCUUUUAAAGAACUUUAAAAACCUCUCUGACCUCACAUGUGGACACUGUUGCUCACAUGUUCUUUACGUGUAUGUCUCAUAGAUGUCUAGUAGACACUAAGCAUGAGGUUUGAAAAUAAGGAGGGCAAAUAACCAAAGUUUCAAGAUGAGAAAAGAAAAGCAGUGAAACUCCAUUACAUGUAGGAAAGCAAACUUGAGGCUUAACCUAACAUGCCACUUAGAAAACUUAAACAAUUAUGAUCCUGCUUUUGAAACAAUAAAUUUUGGGAGCUCCUUUUCCUUGCUAAUUAUAGUACAAGAUCUUAUCCAUUAUCUUUGUUUUUGUAAACCAGUGCUCCUGUUUGAAGCUUUCCUUGUAAUUUGGUCCUUCUGCACAAUAUCUAUAAUAUAUCAUUCCUGUAAAUUACUCCAUAUUUUUUCUAAAUUCUUUCAAGUGGAAAUGGAUUCCUCUCAGGUUCGAUUUUUUUUUUUUUUUUUUUUUUUUUUUUUUAGCUCCUCCACAGCUCUGAAAAUAAAGCAUUGUUCCCAGCUCCACCCAAACUAAUUUCAAAUUUGUUAUUUAAUUUUACUGGCAUCUUAGGAAACAAGCUUUGCUGAGGAAAGAAGGCUAUUUUGAGUGAGCCCAAGCCCCUGGUCUGGUGGAAUGAUGACAUUGUGUAAGGUUCUUUACUGUAUACCAGUGCCCCCUUGUGGAAAUAUGUUAUAUGACUUGGAACACAAACUUGCCACUUUUUAAAAGUAGAUUUUCAUGUUUUUAAAAGGCAUUUGGUUGGUUGGUUGGUUGGUUUUUUGUUUUGUUUUAUUUUUUGCCAAUAAUCUGAAAACAUCAUGCAAAAGGAACUUCAAGGUAUGUUAAACCUUUCCCCAAGGGAAAAUGUGCUUAGAUCGCAGAGAGUUGCAGUUCUAAUCUUUCAUCCAUUUGAUCAAAGAAAAUUUGAACACCAUUUUACCUCUCAUUGUCACAAUCAUUAAUGUCUCCCUUUAUAACUACCUAUAUACCUUGUUUACUUUGAAACACCAGGUUGGCUUUCUUAUUUUUUAUUAUUAUUUUUUACAUGCUAGAGCUCAUGCAGUUUCUGUUUUAAUUAAAAAGUUCACAUCUUGUUUCUUUAAUAUUUUGAACAUUUCUUUUUAAUUAUUUGUUGUUUUUUGUUUUACACUGUAAAACCGAUUAAAAAUUUAAGCUGGUCUUAACACACUUACUUCUGUAGGAAGUGUGAGAAGGAAUUUCUUAAUAAAUGAGUUUACAAGUUUUAAAUGAGCAUAUGAUAAGUAAUAUGCCAUGUGUUGAAGGCUUUUCUAUUUGUAUGUAUAAAGAUUUCUGGUAUUUUUUUUAAUGUCAUUGUGUUGCAAUAAUUUAACUCCUUUGACUUAUUUGCUAAAAAUAUUUCUUCUAUUAAGAAGUGCUCUUGACUUCAGUACCUAAACACUGAAAAUCAUGUCAAAGGUACCCAAAGAUAAGUUUUUAUACCGAUAUACACCUUAUAAGUUCUCAUUUAUUUUAUUACUCAUUAACUAUACUGUGUUCUAAAUGAAUCAUGAGUGAGAAUAGCUCUUUAUUAUGGAAUUAUUUAAAACUGUCCUUUAAAAGAAAAAGAAGAAACUGUAAACAUAAGCUAAUCUAGUUGCCAAGUUGGAAUUCAUUAUUUAAUUUACCUCCUAUGCAAUGAUUAAUGCUGCAAAAUGUGUGGUUAUGUUACAGUAUAUUCACAAAAGAUAUAUUAUUACAAGAUUUGAGAGGUAGCCAAUUGCAUUCUUUCGGAAAUUUACUGUACUGUUUCAAUGUGUUAAGUGCCUUGUUGUAAAGUAAAAUUUUAAGUCUAGAAUUCAUUAUUUUCCUGACAUAUUUUUCAUUACGAUAUAUACUGUAUGCUAUUGUAAUAGUUUUAUUAAAUGCUUAUAUUUUAAUCAAACAUGUAAAUUUCAGAAGCUCUUUUCUCCUACCCACCAGUACCUUAAUCAUUGGUCUAUCAUUUGGGAUUUGCAUUCAAGUUUUGGUUUUUUUUGUUUUUUUAAGAGGAAAUUAUCUUCGUUUAGAAAUGUUUUCCAUGCUUGUGCUUUUGUGUCUGUAAAAGACAUUUCAGAAGGAAAUUAGGAGUGGAACUAUAGUUUAUACUUCUAAAAAUGCCAUUUUACAUUUACAUUUUAAGUGCCUAAUUGUUAGUUAAAACUAAUUUAUGUUUCUAUUUUAAAGAGGAUAUGUGUACUUGGUUUCUAAUCUCCUUGGCUUUGCUUUAAAAAAAAAUAGCAAAGAAAAAAAAAAAGCAAGAGCCUACACUUUGUAUUUACCCAAUAAACCACAGUGACAUCAACA